CCUGGCAGCGGCAUUGGCAUACACACCUCACAAUCCGGCCGGCAGCAAAGCCAUGCAAGAAAGGCUGCCGCUUCGCGAAAAAUGCGAACAUCGGCCAUGCAAGAAAGGUUGCCACCCUCUCCCCCCUCCUAUGUUUUUCGCGUUGCGAUGCCGUAUCCUUCUCUGUUCGUGGUGCUUUGCUCUUCCCUAGCUCGCUUCUGUUCGCAUGGGCAGAAGUUUUUUGCUGUGAUGCAGUUAGAGAAGUGAGGAUGACAGAUUUAUUCUGAAGGAGCCAGCCGGAGCACCGACUGCCUCGUCCCCGGGCGUCCAGGAGACGCCGAGGUUGAAUCUUGGCCGGCGGCGUGCGGCGUACGGCCGAAGAGUUCUCCCGAAAGAAGUUUUUUGCUGUGAGGCAGUUAGAGAAGUGAGGAUGACAGAUUUAUUUAGUGGGAUACAAGCUGCUAUGGUGAUUAAUCAUGUAGAAAAGAGUGACCAAUCCCCUGAAGAUUCGGUUAGCGACGAGGAUGGUUCAGGUGGUUCCACUGGAUUACCAGGGACACCAUGUUUUACUUCCAGGCUUUCAUUGCUCAAAGUUGGUUCGGUUGUUGCCAAGUUCAGUGAUUUCAAGCGGCAGCUAGUUAUGGAGACUGGUUUUGGGGGGUUUCUAGAGGUGAAGGCAUGGCAGAAGAUUAAUCUGAAGUAUAGCGCUUUUUUAAUGGACCGAGUGCAUGUAGAAUCCAGCACAAUCCACCUUGAGGAACAGGGCGUGCUUGAACUGUCCGAACAGAAGCUUAAUUAUGUUUUUGGCAUCCCCUCCGGUGAAUUUGAUAUAAACGGCGAAGGUGUCGAGCCAUCAGAAGCCUGCAUCGAGUACACCCGAAUGGCAGCAACAUUCAGCGACAAAGGCACACAUAGCCUAAAAGCAGCUGAAAAUGUUUUGCUUGGAGCUAUAUCAGAAGCGUCCUCCCAAGUACAGCAGGACUGUUUCAAGAUUGCAUUUGUUAUUUUUAUAAUCGGUCAUGUGCUGGCUCCCACCUCCAAACAUGAUUAUAUUUCCAUAGAUUGCUGGGUUGCACUGAAUGACAUUAGCAAGAUCAAGAGUUAGAACUGGGGAGGGUAUGUACUGACAUUAGCAAGAUCAAGAGUCAGAAAGUUCAAGACAGAUGUUUCAAAGAGAAACCCAACCAUCCACAUAGUUGGUUGUCACUUGUUUCUGCAGGUUUUUGUUCUCGAUUGUCUCGACCUUGGUAUACUAAACAAGCCACGAGAAAUAACCCCACGCAUAGGUUUGUAUGAUUAUGAUUCAAUGAGGAAGAUGGUUGAGAAGAUUGCAGUGAACAUAUCUCCUGGGGAGAUUUCCUACCACGGGGGAGCGGUUCGGCCCGAGCUCUUUUUUAGCAAGCCGAUUGAACUCCGUGCGAAAGAUACAUGCUCCCUAAAUCCCCCCAAACAAGCAACAGCCCCUAAAAGAGCAAGCAUACCAUCCACACCAAUGCUACGGUGUAAUUACACAAGGACUGGCCCACAAGAUUUUUCAAAUUACAUCCGCACAAAAUACCCGAGCAUAUCAGCAGAGAAGCUGGGUAUUCUUCUUCGCGAGCAGAAUGCACGUGGUAUCGCUAAUAUAAUAGAAAUGCGCCAAGCAUUCCAGACAAACAUGUUCACUCUCACAGACAAGCUUAUGGCCUGUCUAGCAGCAAGUUGUACCUGCUGCAAGGCAUUCGGCCGCAAAUCUUGCAUUUUGAAUGGUGAAGGCACAACCAACUGUCAACCACAUCCUACAACAUCAACAGACCAAAACCAAUUCAGCACUCCUUUAGUAAGCAAGGUUGGGCCAUGCUUGCCUGCACCAGGCCACCAUGAAGGAGCCAUGUCAGCUACCAGCACAGCAUCUAGAAAAAGGGAAGGAAGUAUAUCAUCUAGUGUGCACUCUGGGUUAGCAAAGAAGCAAUGCUCACGCGAUGAGAUUGACAAGCAAACCCAGAUGGCCAUAGCACAGGAUUCGUCGGUUAUGGAGAUUGCUAGCACGAUUGCCAGUAUGUAUGAUGAUCUAACGGCCAUUCUUGUAACAUAUUAUGCUGAGAUCCGGCCAUCUCCUGAGUGCAUCUUGUUUGGAUCAACUACGGAAGGCGCACCUUUGCAAAUUGACCUUCCUAAAUGCAAUUUCGGCAGAGACCCAUGGGUUGUUGGUACAGUAAAUGCACCACCACCCGAGAACAAUCUCGGAGCUAUAAGAGACUGGAUGGCAGCAGCUUCUACCUUAAAUCUUCAGAGGCAAGCAUAACCACUCAGCAAACAU